AAUAGGCAUGCUAGUGAGUGUCACCAACUAUCAACAAUUGGGAAAGAGUGAUAUUGUUGCAGGGGACAGGGCUGGCAUUAAAGAGACAUGUGCUCUAAGUCACUGUACUCAUUUUCCCCCGGGGAAAGUGCUCUUACACUCAGGGUGUUUCAAUCUGAAGAGCAGAGCAUGUGAAGACAAUGGGGCUGCCAUGGCUGCUGGCGCUCGAACUUGUGCUGCAUGCAGGAUCGUUUAUGUGUGGAGUGAUAACAGCUGCCUCAGUCACCAUCACACAGGGUCACUUUGCAGGACAGUGCAUCCUCUAUGGCAGUAUCUCCUUCAACACAUCUGACCAGUCCUUAACAAUAGAAAGCUCCAGUUCUCCCUCACUCUGCUAUUUUGUGUCAUCCAUCUCUGUUUGUGUGGCAUAUUGCUUCACCCUCAUUCUUUACUGGAUCUAUGCAAGCUGCGUGGAUGAUUACGCAAAAAGGAGAAGUGUGUGGCUGAACGUGUCCCUAUUGGUAUGUGGUCUUCUCCUACUUUUUCUAUUGGUGUCAGGGUGUAUUCUGAGGACUGGCAGAGACAGCCUGUGUCUCUCUGUCCUGUACAACAGUUCCUCCAUCAGCAGUUGUAAGGAAGCACAGAAUAUGACAUGGUCAAGUCCGUACAUAGGGAGUGAAUUUUACACAGAACUGCAUAGUGCCGAGAAAUCCGUGUGGGUGAGUUUCUUCUUCUGGCUGUUGGUUGUGGCUGUUGUGGUGGUGCAGAGGCGCCAAGCUCUUAGUGAGGAGGACCAGUGGAGCUGUGAUGAGACUGAACCUUUCCUCCACCGCACUUCUAGAGUCCUGUGAAUCCCAUCACAAACCCACACCUCAACAUGUGACAAACAGCAUUAAGGACUAAAUGGAAUGUCCAAAAUAAAUUGGAUGAAUCCUCAAGCUCACCCAAAUACUCAAAGUAAAAGAUCAGCUGGAAAAUCUAUUUGUAUUUUUUCCACUAUAUUUAUAAAAUAAAUAUAUAUUAUGGAUUUUUUAUGAGCAUUUGGGUAAGCACACUAUGUGAUCAAUAUAUUUAAGCCAACAGUAAAUUGAGGAAGAUUUGUUUUAUAGCCACAGUCAGACUUAAAUGCAUAUCAAAGAAAUGGACUUCCGUCCUGAAAAGACUGAAACUUCGCAAGCAAAAAGGAGAGAAAAAUAAAUUUAUUUAUUUCA